AUGCACGCGGGUAUCGACUACCAGCGCUACCUCGCCGAGAAGGAGGCCACCCACGCGGAGUGGAAAGACUGGGAGAAGAAGCACGGCGCCAAAGCAAUCCAACUCGGCCUCAUGCCCACGUCCGAAGAGCGCAGCAGCGUCGACUACGAGGAGGACAUGCGCCAGCGCAUCUUCCUGAGCAAGCAGGACGUCGAGCGGGCCCGGGCCGCCAACCCGCACGCCAACUUCUCCAUCGACGUCGUCUACUCCAUCAUGACCAAGGAGGAGUUCGCCACCAAGAUCAUGAACUCCAUGGCCGCCGCCAAAUUCCCCGUGACGGCCAUGUCAGCGACCUCGGCAACCCGCAGCCCCUCGUUCGGACGUCACGGCUCGCCGGCAGCGUCUACAAAAAAACAGUCGGUCUCAACUAAACCAACAUCCAAACCUAUCACCGCAUCCAAUGAGGCAGCAACCGUGACGCAAACUGUCGACUGGAGCAGGUCGGCGUGCAUGUCACCCAUCCAGAACCAGGGUCAGUGCGGAGACUGCUGGGCCUUCGCCGCGACUGCAGCGGUCGAGUCGGCUCAAUGCAUCGCUGGCGGUCAGAAGUCCCUUCACAAGUACUCGGAGCAGCAGCUCGUGAGCUGCAACACGCAGAACCACGGCUGCAACGGCGGCGCGCCUCAGUGCAACAACGCCAACACGGGCAUCAAGGACUACAAAGUUCUGGACAAGGGCGACGAGGCCGGUCUCAUCCAGGCGAUCAACCAGCGACCGACGGUCGUGACGGUGGCCGCCGGCAACGAGGCGUGGAAGCAGUACACUGGUGGUGUGCUGUCGAGCUGCGACACCAGCGCGCUGGAUCACCUCGUGGUGGCGGUGGGCUACGACGCGACGAGUCUCAAGAUCCGCAACUCGUGGGGCGACAACUGGGGCGAGGACGGCUACAUCCGCCUCAAGCGGAAGGCAUCCGGAUCCGGAACGUGCAGCGUCUUGCAGCAGAUGGUGCCGCUCGAGGUCUAA